AUGGAGGGGCAGGCACACAAAGCACACCGUGCACCGCAGUCUGGAGCAAAGGCGGAGAAGAAGAGCAAGUCCAAGGGAAAGGAGAAGCAGCAUGGCUUCAAUGAGAAGGCCUUUGCACCAAGGUCCGGGCGGCGAGCGGAGAGACAGGGUCGUCGCAAGGUAGAACAAGACCAGACUCGCCUCCAUGUCCCCCUCGUUAACCGCACGCCCGAAGACCUACCUCCACCGGUCAUCGUGGCCAUUGUCGGGCCUUCAGGUGUAGGGAAAACGACUUUACUAAAAUCGCUCGUGCGCCGCCACACGAAACAGACUCUUAACCAUGUGCAAGGCCCCGUCACUGUAGUCGCUGGAAAGAAGAAGAGGAUCACCUUCAUCGAAUGCAACAGCGACCUUAAUUCAAUGAUCGACAUUGGGAAGAUCGCUGACCUUGAAACAUUUGAAUUCCUCAACAUUCUGCAAUCCCAUGGAUUUCCCAAAGUUAUUGGUGUCCUUACCCACCUGGACCUCAUAAAAAAGGCCGCAACGCUCCGCGCGACCAAGAAGGCUUUGAAAAAGCGCUUCUGGACUGAGAUCUACCAGGGCGCAAAACUAUUCUACUUAUCUGGUGUGCUGAACGGGCGGUAUCCGGACACAGAGAUCCUCAACCUUUCACGUUUCAUCAGCGUCAUGAAGUUCCGUCCCCUCGUCUUCCGCAAUUCGCAUCCGUACCUUCUUGCCGACCGAUUAGAGGAUCUCACUCCUCGAGAAGAGAUUCGCACCUCAAAGGGCAAGUGUGACCGUACUGUAACCAUUUACGGCUACCUGCACGGAACAAACCUUCGUCUCGGCACAAAAAUACACAUACCCGGCGUCGGCGAUCUCGACAUGAAGAGCGUCUCAGCUCUCGGUGAUCCAUGUCCUUUGCCGGAUGCAGACUCUGAGAAGAGGAGGAAGCUCAGCGAGAAGAAGAAACUUCUCAUCCAUGCACCCAUGAGUGAUGUUGGAGGUGUGAUGUACGAUAAGGAUGCUGUAUACAUCAACGUUCCCGGCAGUUUCACUCGCGGCAAUGCUGAUGUCCCUCACGGUGAAGGCGAGCGGAUGGUUAUGGACCUCCAGGAUGUCACCUCUACCCUCGAUGAUGCUGUCGCAAACAGCCAGAUUCGUCUCUUCGGCUCAUCCUCAAAACCGCUGACGGUCGAACCCGGGCCUAGUCGAAUACCUUCUGAUGACUUCAGCGAGGACGACGCCUCGGAAGAAUCGGCUGACGAAGAGUCAGACGAUGACGCAUCUGAUAUCGACGGCAGUGACGUUACUUCUGAUGACGAGGAUGACGAUCGCGGGGAAGUGGAGUAUGCAGAGAGCGACUCAGAUCUAGGUGAUGGUGACGAGGAUGACGGCGUUUUGCCGAACAACGGUGCUCGUGUCCAUUUUGAGGAUGACGCUGAAGUUGAAAUCCAGAGCGACGAGGACGUCCACAUGUCCGACGGAGAGGAGGCGCCACGGUGGAAGACGAAUCUCGCGUUGCGUGCACAGCAGGCAUUUUCUGAUCGCCCACGCGCGGGGAAGCGAAAGGACUGGACAAAGUUGAUCUACAUGUCAUCACUAUCGCCGGCCGAAAUCCUGCGUGGCAACGUUGCACAGAGCGGCAAAUCUCAAUCGACACAAUUUGCGGGGGACGAAGACUUCUUCACAGUUGUAUCGCGUGAUUCGGCAGACAAGGAGGAGCUGGACGUGACUAAGGAUGCUUUGAAGGCUGACGAACUCGAGGAGUGGGGUGACGAGGAUUUGCUUGAUUCCAUCCGCAAUCUCUUCAUUACCGGAUCCUCAGCGCCGGCGGGCGAAGGGGUUACAGAACUCGACGAGGAUGCCGAAGCCGAUGUUGACGAUUCGCAAUCGGAGGGCGAAACACAGGAGGCACAAGAUUCUGAAGUUGCGCGAGCUGCCGCACUUGCAGCGAAGAAGGAAGCCCUCAAGCGCAAGUUCGACGAGCAGUACGACGAUCCAGAAGGAUCGAAGCUGGACUUUUACGAAGAGCAAAAGGAGCAUAUGGCUCGACAGUUGGAACUCAACCGCGCUGAGUUCGAGAACGUUGACCCAGAAGCUCGUGCCCUCAUCGAAGGUCAUCGCCCUGGAUCAUAUGUACGCAUCGAAUUGGUCAACGUGCCAUGCGAGAUGGUCGAGAACUUCGAUCCCUCAUAUCCACUUAUCGUGGGCGGGCUGCUUCCGGCGGAGGAGAGAUUCGGCUAUGUUCAAGUUCGCCUGAAACGCCAUCGAUGGUACACGAAGACACUCAAGACGAACGAUCCGCUCAUCUUCUCCGUUGGGUGGCGACGAUUCCAGAGUAUACCGAUAUACUCGUUGGACGACCAUUCAAUACGUAUGCGUAUGCUCAAAUACACUCCCGAGCACAUGCACUGCUACGCAACGUUCUAUGGUCCCGUCGCCUUGCCCAACACCGGCUUCUGCGCGUUCAACUCCCUCUCGGGAGAACUCGCCGGCUUCCGCGUCUCAGCAACAGGGGUCAUCUUGGAUAUCGACAGGUCCGUCAAGAUCGUAAAGAAGCUUAAGCUGACCGGCGUCCCCUACAAGAUCUUCAAGAACACAGCCUUCAUCAGGGACAUGUUCAGCAGCGCGCUCGAGGUAGCUAAGUUUGAGGGCGCGAACAUCCGUACCGUUUCCGGGCUUCGAGGGCAAAUCAAGAAAGCUCUGGCCAAGCCAGAGGGUGCUUAUCGAGCCACCUUUGAAGACAAGAUCUUGAUGAGUGACAUCGUAUUUUUGAGAGCCUGGUACUCGAUCACUCCCCGGAAGUUCUACAAUCCCGUCACGUCGCUUCUGCUUUCCGAGAAGGGCAAGUGGGCGGGAAUGCGCUUGACUGGGCAGAUCCGACGAGAUGAGGGUUCGAAGACACCCGUCAAUGUCAACUCCAACUACAAGCAGAUCGACCGUCCGGCGCGCCGCUUCAACACCCUGAAAGUGCCCAAAAAGCUGCAAGCGGCGUUGCCAUAUGCCUCCAAACCGAAGAUCGUUAAACAGCAAAAUCGGCAGACGUAUCUGCAGAAGCGCGCUGUGGUCUUGGAACCGGAAGAGAAGAAGGCGAUAGCGCUCUUGCAGCAAAUGCGAGCGUUGCGCAAAGACCAAGUUCAGCGACGCAAGGAGAAGCAGAUGCAGCGCAAGGAAGCGCACCGCCAUAAGGUGGAGAAGGAAGAGGCGAAGAAGAGCGAGAAGGACAAGGAGAAACGCAAGGAAUACAUGCGGGCAGCAGGCAUGAAAAGCAAGCGGGAAGCAGAAAGUGAGGAAGGAGGUCGGGGACGCAAGCGCAGAAAAACUUGAGCCGAUUGGCUCGCUGUAUCGCAUGGCUUGUAUCUUCCACGCUAUAUCCUUAUUGCGCAAUAUUUCACUCCACA